AUGGACAAACAACCCUUCGAAAAAAAGCAGGACGAAGUGACCCGGGACGAUGGGGAUGUGUCUCCCCCAGCCACACCGCGUGCCGGAACCGGACCGAUCGGCGGUUCUUCUGCUGUGCUGCCCGGUGCUGGCGGUGGCGAUUCUUCUCCUCCCCCGCCCCCAGCAGGGAGCCCUAAGGGUGGCGGCGAAGGGGGAGAGAGCAUGGAGCCGCUGAGCGCACAGGGCAAACAACCAGCCCUCACAGGCGGUUCCUCCACCACCGCUGCGGGAUCUCCUCCACCCCCAAGCGAGAGCCUAGAAGGCGUGCAAGCAGAAGGAGAGGGCCUCAAAAAGAAGAGGAAGAAGGUGGCAUUCGAAGGUCCAGAAUUGCCGAAGCCGUGCAGCAUUUGCAGUAGGCCAUUCAGCAGCUGGAAGGCACUCUUCGGACACAUGCGCAGCCACAAGGACAGACAGUGGCGGGGCGUCUUCCCUCCACCGAUAUCGCCCCCAAAGGAGCAGGAGCAUGACGAGCAGGCGGAGGAACUCACAUCGACCUUGUUGAACAUAGGGCAGAGGAUUCUGGCCGAGACCGAAGAGAAUGAAAUAGAGGGCGAUGGCAGCGCUGUGGCUGAGGGCAGCGCUUCUUCUUCUGAAGCACAGGCUCGGAGGAAGAAGUUCCACAUGGAGCUCGAUCUGAAUAAGGAAGCUCCCGAGGAUAGUGAUAAAGAGGGUGGGGGCGACAACGAUGGCGCUUAA